UAAUGCAAAAACAACAUCUAAAUUACAUAUUAACUCCAUCUUCAAAUUGUAUUACCAAAACUCCUGAAAAAGCAAUUAAUACAUCACCAUUUAGAGGAUGUAGUGUAUAAACGAUUAAUUUAUUAUCUUUAGUUUAGUGACAAAUAAUCAAUGACACCAAACAAAUAGUUUAUUGGAUACCCUCAUAUUUAACAAACAAUAAACUAAAAUAUACAACACUAAUUUCCUUAUUAUGAAAAUGCCUCCCCCUUUUGUCAAGAAACCAAAGAACAAUUAAUGCAAAGAAUUUUGAAUCUGGAAGAUAAUUUAAAAGCGAUUAAUAAGAAAUAUGACCAAUUAAAGGAUGAUUUAGAGAAGGAAAGGUAUAAGAAAUGUGACACAGAUAGAUGUUAUUAAUAAUUAUUUUAAAGAUAUUAGGAGUAAAUAUUGAUUUUUGAGAGUAGUUAAGAAAGGGAAUUGUUGAAACAUUAAUCUGUAGCAAAGUCCAUUGAAAAUAUGUACAAAUAAGUCUAAAAAGAACUUUAAGAAUGUAAAGAAAAGUUGAAUGUCAGAAAUAAUGAAAUUUUGGAGUAAAAAACAAUUUAAGAAAAGUUCUAAAAGAUUAUGAAAUUGAAAGAGAAAGAGAUCAAUGAAUUUAAAAUAAAGCUAUUGUAAGAAAAGAAUCUUGGGGCUUAAGAAAACGAAAGAUUGGUUUAGGAAUUCACUUAAACAUACAGGGAUUUAACUCUAUAGAAUGAUUAAUUACUCUAGGAAAAUAGUGAGUUAAAGACAAUAAUCUUAGAAUUUGAUUAUUAACCUUAAACAAUUUCUACAAAUAAAUAAUCCGAGAAUUUUUAAUAUAAUUAAGAUUUGUUAAAUGAUCAAGAAUUAAGACAAAUUGUAUAACAAUAUUUAACAAAUAAUGAAGAAUAUUUUUUAAAUAAGAUACCAGAGAACUAACUUAGAAAGAGUGUUUAAAUUAUGAAGGAAAUAUUUCAUACUGUUACAUCUAAAAAUCUGAAAGAAAUAAAUUCAUUUCAAUUUCAAGAACCUAAAUAAAUUAAUGAGGAAAUAGAAAUUAAUUUAUAGGAAAUGAAAAAAAAGAGAGAUUUACUUAUCAAAGAGAUUAAACAUAAGAUGGAUGAGAUUGUUAAGACAAAAGUAUUGAUUUUUAUAUGAUGAAAUAAGGAAUUCAAUUUGAUGGAAUUUAAUGAAAUAUUAAGAGAAAUAGAAGAGCUAAAAAAAAAAUUGUUAACAGUAGAGAAUCUGAUUUAGGAAAUGGAAUAAUCAUUAAUGUUAAAUCCACAUCGAAAUAGCUGUGUUUCUUUUGAUAAUCAGGAUUUCUAAUGA